CCAAACCAAACCAAAACAAAUCAAACAAAUCCAAUCCAUCUUUCUCUCUCUACUCUCUGCUCAUACCUCUUCCUCCCAUCUCUCUCCACUCAACCAUGUCUCACUUCGGUAGGUCUGGUCCUCCUGACAUCUCUGACACCUACUCUCUUCUCGUCCUCAAUAUUACCUUCCGUACCACGGCUGAUGAUCUAUUUCCACUUUUCGACAAGUACGGAAAGGUUGUCGACAUCUUCAUCCCCAGAGAUCGAAGGACUGGAGAGUCGAGGGGUUUUGCGUUUGUGCGCUACAAGUAUGCAGACGAGGCACAUAAGGCAGUUGAUAGGCUUGAUGGAAGAGUUGUUGAUGGCCGAGAGAUAACAGUUCAGUUUGCUAAAUAUGGACCCAAUGCAGAGAGGAUUCAUAAAGGAAGGAUUAGUGAAGUCUCUCCAAGAUCAAGCUACAGAUCAAGAAGUCGCAGUCCUAGGAGAAGGAAUCGGGAUGACUGCAGAGACCGAGACUAUCGGAGGAGAAGCCGCAGUAGAAGUUAUGAUAGAUAUGAGCGUGACCGUUACAAUAGGAGGGACGUGGAUUAUCAUAGUCGAAGGAGAAGCAGGAGUACUAGUUCUGAUAAUAGCAGAAGGGUAAGGGACCACUAUGAAGGUGAAGGACAGAGUCGGAGUCGAAGUCGAUCCCGAUCUGUUGACAGUGCCUCUCCAGCACGGCGUAGUCUUAGACCUGAAAGAAGUCUUUCCCCGCGAAGAAUUCCAUCACCAAGUGGUGAAAGCCUAGAUGGACAGAGAAGGAGGGGAAAAUCUUCUUCUCGGAGUGUGUCUCCUUGAGGUCUUUCUCAUGAUUCUCAAAGUUCAACCCAAAGAUAUUUAGAUGCUGAGGUGAGUAGAUACAGAAUAUGUCUUGCUUUCCAUCAUGUGGAACAUUUUUGCUUAUUCUUGCAUUUUUCAGAUUUAAAAGUAAUCUAAUCGCCCUGUUUUCUUUAGUAGGACUUAUGUUACUAGGGAAGGUGGAAACUCCCUAGAGGGAUUUGGUACUUUUCUUAUGGCUGUUCAGUUAAUGUUGGAGACCUUUGAUUGUCAUGUAUGUUCUUAAUUUCUUGCUUUUGGUAGGAUUGAACUUCUUUACUGUCAACUUUUUCAAUAUUAACUCUACUUAUUAACUGAUUUCUACAUGAGUUUUAUAUUUUUUUUUUAA